AUGACCAUUCUUCUUGACACUCUUGUCUCACCUGAGGCAUACAAUGCACUGCCUCUUGUCAGCGAGGUAGCUGCAGCACCAGACGCCCAGUCUCAGCAUCUCGAGCAUCUCCGAGAGCUGCUCCACAAACACAAGGUGCCCAAGGGCGUGAGCGUUAGGUUGCUUCAUAAGCAUUUCAACACCAACGACGGAGAAGUCAUGAUCCCGUGGUGCCCGAGAGGAGCAGCCCAGCCUAGGGGCAUACACUUUUUCGUCGCCGAUGACGCAACGCUCCAAGCUUAUUUUUUAUCCGAAUUUUGCCGUGUUGUGAUCGAGAGAGGCUUGCAGCGGACCUUUGGCCUGAAGCUCCUGUGCGAAGAGGAAGAGGAGCACACUGGAUGGACAGAGUUCGAGCUCAAUUCUGAGAGGGGCACAGUCAUGUUUCCCAGAGGAAUGCCCAUGCCGACUGGCGAGAGUGAUUUCACUGUCACAACGGAAUGGGAGGGGACUGCCAAAGACGCCGCAACCCCAUCCAAGCAUUCCUCUGCGUGCAGCCACACCAGGGUCUGUACGCACUGCAACGGCCACCAAAGCAAAGUUGUGCACGAGUUUGGAGAGGAAUACUGCCUAGGUGGGCAGUCUAUCCAGCCUGGAACUGCCCUUCACGCCAUCGUUGAUCAAAUCGUCGCGGCGUUCUAG